GUGUUCCUGAUUAUUAUAAAAUUAUCACACGUCCAAUGGAUCUUUCUACUAUUAAUACUAAACUGGAAAAUGAUCAUUAUGUAAAUGCUGAUGAGUUUGAAGCUGAUAUCCGUCUUAUGUUUCAGAAUUGUUAUACUUAUAACGGCCCUGGAAGCGAUGUGUAUAAUAUGGGUAAAGAGUUGGAAAAAGUUUUUGAUAAAAAGUGGGCAGAAAAACCAAAGGCCCAGGUUCGUCAAGAAUCUGAAAGUGAAUCUGAAGCAGAUGAAAGUAAUCAAAUUUCUCAGAUGCGAAAACCAUCCAAAGCAAAGGCUAAAAAGGCAGCAAAAAGUGCAAAGCCUAGUACAACUAAAAGUAUUCCGGAUAUUAGUAAGCCCGUCGAAGAUGGAAAGAAAUCAUUAAAACGUCCUCGAGCUACUAAUAAACGUGAAGAGCAGGAAGGACUGACAUCAGAACAAAAGGCUGAUCUUAGUGAAAGAAUCGAACUUCUCUCAACAGAUAAUAUGAAUGAACUUAUCAAAUUAGUCGAAGAAAGUGGUGCUCCUAUGGAGAGGGGAAGCGGCGGUUAUGAAAUAGAAAUUGAAUCGCUUGAUUAUAAUACUGCAAGGAAGAUGUAUGAUUUUGUAUUGAGGCAUACACCAAAAAAAGCUAGUCCUAAAAAAAGAGGGCCUCCUUCUAAAAAACCUCGUACAAAUGCCAAUGAAAAAGAUCAAGAACAAAAAAUUCUAGCCUUAGAAAGAACUUUGGCAAAAUUUGAUCACAAAUCACCAACACCGUCUCCCCAAGCUAAAUAUGGAAGUCAUUACAGUUCGGACGACGAUUCUUCAGACAGUCAGAGUUCUGAUUCAUCUGGUUCAGAAUCGGAAGAUUCAGGUAGCGAGACUGUUUAG